AUGGCACGGCCCAUGCAGCUGGCCCCCGGUUCCCUGGCGCUGGUGCUGUGCCGACUUGAAUCUCAGGAGGGCGCGGCGGCAGCCGGAGACCCCGAGGAGCCCAGCGGGCGCGCGGUCUUCCGAGCCUUCUGCCGCGCCAACGCGCGCUGCUUCUGGAACGCACGGCUGGCGCGCGCCGCCUCGCGGCUGACCUUCUUGGGCUGGCUCCGGCUCGGGGUGCUGCUGGUGCGCGCGCCCCCCGCCAGCUUGCAGGUGCUGCGAGACGCGUGGCGGCGCCGGGCGCUGCGCCCCCCGCGCGGCUUCCGCAUCAGGGCGGUGGGUGAUGUCUUUCCAGUGCAAAUGAAUUUAAUAGCUCAAUCUCAGUUUAUUCCUUUGGCUGAAGUUCUUUGCUGUGCUAUAUCUGAUAUGAAUGCUGCUCAAAUCAUAGUAUCCCAGGAAUCACUACAGGAACAUUUGGUGAAACAUUAUCCAGGCAUUGCGGUUCCAUCUCAAGAUAUUCUCUAUGCCACUCUGGGAACUCUGAUUAAAGAAAGGAAGAUUUACCACACAGGAGAAGGAUACUUCAUAGUUACUCCUCAGACUUAUUUUAUCACAAAUACAAUUACUCAAGAGAAAAAGACAGUCCUGUCAGAUGCAAGUCACCCAGCGUCCAUUACCUAUCUGGUGAGCGUGGACAGCUCUGGAGAAUUAUCCAGAGAAGGCGCUGCCCCUGUUUCCCAUUGUCAGUCUUGCCAGUGCUUUCCUGAUGUGUAUACUCAGGUUGUACAACAAUCACAGACUGCUGUAGAAGUGACUAGAACGGGCCACAAGGGUCUUGGAGAAUCUAAACCUAUGGUGCAGAAUCAAACUGUCUCAGUGUCUGAGGACAGUCAUGUUUGUGGUAGGACCAAACCUUUAAUGUAUACAAAAGACCGAGGAAAAGGCAAGAAGUUUGGCUUUAGUCUCUUCUGGCGCAAUAUAUCCAGAAAGGAGAAACCCAAAGUGGAGCACAGCAGCUUCUCUGGCCAGUUCCCACCUGAAGAAUGGCCUGUCCGAGAUGAAGAUAACCUGGACAAUAUCCCACGAGAUGUUGAGCAUGAGAUAAUAAAACGGAUUAACCCCAUUCUAACUGUUGAAAACUUAAUCAGACACACUGUCCUGAUGCAAAAAUAUGAAGAACAGAAAAGAUAUAAUAGUCAGGGAACUUCCACUGAUCUGCAGACAAAUAGGCAUAGAUAUGCUUCAAAAGAGGGAGGGAAGAAAAGGCAGAGUCGGUCUGCAAAACCCCGAAGGCAGGGCCAUUCUCAGAGAGACAGGCACAGAGGCAAGAGUCAAACAAGUGAGCCUCAGCCAAGAAGCAUCAGGCACGAGAAACACCCACAGCUCCCGGCUGCACAGUCCACCCCCAGAAGUAAAAGUCCAAGUGCAAUCAUUCAUAAACCAGCUGGUCAGACUCCAACAGGGCUCAGCCCCCAUUUGAUUUAUAAAAGGCGAAUCAGCAAUCCUUUCCUGGGUUUGCCUCACAGAAGAAGCUCGGUGGCCAAAGGACACAGCAGUCAGAAGACAAGUGAUCUGAAAGUCAGUCAGGGUGGACCAAAAGAAAGGAUCUUCCGACGGUCAAGGUCUUUCAAUUCCUCGAGAAACUAUGAACCCAAACGACCGUUCGCUGAGCAACCUAAACUGAAGGCAGAAUCAGUCUGUAGCAGCAACUCUGUCAAACCAGUCAGUGAUGACUUCAGAGGCCACCGUCCAGGCAAGGGUUGUGGUUUACAAAUUGAUUGUAAAUGCUGUUCCUUCAGGGAAGGCCUGUUGGGACAUGAUGUGUAUGGUGAGGAAAACAAGGCAGUUUCUGAGGUUCUGAGGAAAAAUUGUCCUCACUCUGAAAAGUUUGAGGAGACAAAAGAAGGACAGCAUAUCCUGGCAUCACAAGAUCCCUGUUCGCUAGACCAAGCUCCCCCUGAUGGUGAGCUCAUUAGCAGCACAAUACAACAGUUCCAAAAACUUGGCCUUUUGGAUUACCCAGUCGAUGGGAACCAUUUGAGACAACAAAACAGAGACUUGGAAGGGCUAAUGAGAAAGCCUUUUAUCCAGAACACAGAGCAUGCUGAUUUAGGAAAUGAAGGGCUUUCUGACAAUGAGCAUGCCUUGUACGAGAACAAAGUGGAAGAUGAUGAUGGUGCUUGCAGCUCAUUAUAUCUAGAGGAUGAUGACUUUUCAGAGAAUGAUGACUUGGGUAAAGUGUUGCCUGGUCGUACUCAGUAUUACUUUCCAGGUGGAAGUAAGUGGGGUUGUUUAGGAACACAAACCGUGACUGGAUUAUCUGUCCCCGAGUACAGCAGUGAAAUACCUGAGUUUGCGCCUCAAGUGCUUAAUGGCAAUGACUGUUACAAACCCCCUGGUGGGUUGCUCACUAACACAGGUGAAAGCCAAAGGCUCAGUCUCUCUACUGAAGGCAGUGGCUUCAAUUCAGGGACUAGAUUUGCCUUUAACUAUGAAGAGGAACCCAAUGUUGCUAAAUGCUCACAGACCCCAGUGUUGGAUGAUGGACAUAUGUUUGAUUACUGUAGUACAAGGAAAGCCCAUCCUGAAGCUGAAACCCUGCAAGACUCAGCUGGUGAUGCAGGAAGGAAACCAGUUACUUGGAUUACAAGUCCUCAGAAUCAGGAAAUGAGAAAACAUUUCAAACAGAAGUUAGAACUUUUUAGUUCUUCACGUGUGCCAGUGUUGACCCAAGACAUCCAACAUGAAGACAGUCCCUUGGAAGGAACAGAAAAUCAUAGCAUGGCAGGAGACAGUGGAAUAGAUUCCCCUCGGACACAGAGUCUGGCAUCUAGUAAUUCAGUCUUCAUAGAAGAAAUGAAAAGAAGACAGAAUUUUCUGCAGAAUUCUGAAGGCACAAAAAGCAAUCAAGCAUUCACAUCCAAUCCUUUACUACAGUUAACUCCAGUCAUAAAUGUUUAG